UAAAAGAAAACGCCCCAUUCUUGUCAGAACUACUCCAGAAGGCCCUAGAAGCGCAAAUCCAGCAAGCAGGGUUCUGUCUUUCAACUCUUUCCUGAUCUGAACCAACAUUUCUCUCAUUAGGCCAGUUCACUUCACACUUGGGUUGAUGACGUCACGCAGCGCCACACGCCGCAAGUAGUCAACUCACAUUUCCCUGAGAAAAGCGACGUUUUCCCCUCAGCUGAGCCAAAUGGAGCUGUUUUCCGCCGAGAUUCGGGACGGUUUGGCCCAACUGUCUGUACAACAUCAUUCCUAGCGGUCCUGAGGUCCUGUGUGUUUACUUUAGUGGAUGACGUCGUGAAGUACACAUGCCCUCAGCCGCACGCAAACGCGCAGCCGGGGCAGAGACAGCAGUCCUGCUGUUUGGGCCGCGGUGGGGCUGGUUGUUGACAUGUCUAGUCAGUCAGUAACCCAAGACGCUUUGGAAGAAGGGAGGAUGUUCUGAAAAAAAGUGCCGUACAAACUUGGAAAGGACAGCGCUGGAAAAAAUGGCAGAUCAGGAAGACAGAGAGGCGGAGGCAGGGUCUGUGUAUUUUCAAGAUGGCGGUCGAAAUGUAAGCAAACGUAGAGCAGCUUUCGCUGCCAAGCCUCAUCGCUCCUCAAGUGACGUCUACGCCCUUCUUACGGAGAAGACGGUGAAUCUUGAGGAGACGCCACCGCCUGCUGCAUCCCCCGGUCCCGUUAUCUUGCCCCAGGGGAGUAGGGGGAUGCCGGUGGAACCGCCGCGUCGCCCGGACUCUGGGGGGUUCUCCCCGCAGGGAGGCACUUCAAAUAAUGGCGAGCAACUUCACAAUGUCGUCGGCAGGGGUAGGGGCCGUCUGGGCGCCGAGGUACGCUACGUUCAAGAGCGGAAUCGUCGAGAGGAAGUCGAGAGACUGCAGCAACAGAUCUGGGAGGCGGCAGCCGGACUUGAGGCUCACUCUCAAGGUCAGGCCGCCGGCUUAGACCCUCUGGAUCCCGAACUACGACUUUUGUAUUACCCACAGCAGACCAACCCACCAGCGAACGUCCCAAUGUCCCAGAGACGAGAAUGGGUGGAGGAGGAAGAACAGGGACGUCUGCAAGGUGUGUACUUGCACGGUAGAACGUCACUGCCAUACACACACCAGCCUAGCCCUCCCCACCCCUACAUAACCACCACUUCUCACGACAACAGGGGAGUCCUGUACCACCAAGUGGAGCCCCCCUCCCCCUACCAAGCUCAGGGCCAGGGGGGCAUCCCUCAAAGAACUCCCAUCAGUUAUGCCGACCUUGCUGAAGCUCACUACAAAUUGGAGCACCCCCCUCCCUCCAUGCCGCAAGUCACCUCAGUCGCCCCGGGGCUUUUUCCCCCGCCAAGUUCACAGCCAAGCACGACUUAUCAUGAAGAAGCCAGGCAGUACCCUCCUAUGCCAGGCACAGGGGCGCCUACCAAUGUCAUGCAACAGCAGGGCUAUCGGCCAGGUAGGAGGGGGGGCAUCGCAGACAUGGCGGCGUUUUCCAUGGCGCCGCAGACUGAACAUCAGAAGUACAGUUAUCCUGCUAGCCCGUACGGUUACGAUAGCAGGGUUGGGGGUAUUGUUGGGGAACAUCUGCAGGCACAGACAAGGAGCUACACUCCGCCGAUGGACAUUCAAGCAAACAUGCAAACAAGGGGCCAACUGAUGUCAACAAUGGAGCCACAGUACUCCAGAUCGCUUCCUGUGUCAAGAUCUACUCCCAUACCUCAUCCCUCUGUCUCUCCUAGGGAGAGAUACCCUCAAGUCGAGCGGCCACAACAACAGUAUCUUUCCCCCUACAUGUACAGUAGUAGCGCACGCCCUGCUUAUGGGGUUACACUUUCACCCAAGAAGGCAUUUCCACAUCUUCCAGUCAGGAUGCUUAAACAUUCCAAAGUGACUCUCUCUUCCUUCAGUGAACUGAGCAGCCCGGCUAGCUCGCGCUGUAGCAGCCGCCGCUCAAGUUUGGACGGUUCUAAAGACUUUGACUACCAGCUAGGGCUAGAGAGUCAAACCCUAUCGUAUUCACCAAUGCAAGGUCCACAUUCCCUCUCGGCUACUCUGCCUCGAGAUUACGGCAAAAGCAAGGAGACGCGAGACACGUCCCAAGAACAUGGCUCUGACUCGAGUAGUAGGAGUCAUGACUUAUCCUGGCUGAAAAUGGGAGACAAAAUAAACCAGUUGACAAAGCCAUUCCAAAGUGAAAGCAUACAAGGGAGUAUGGAGUCGUUGGCAUCUAGCACGUCUGUCUCUAGUGGUAGGACAAACAUGGGCACUUGGCAGGACUCACCGACCAAACAACAGAUGGAUCCUCCCACUGUUGCUGUAGAAGUGACAACUUAUCCCCCAACCACAAAAAGUACAACUUUUGAUACUAUUGACACUGGAACAGCAAAAAGUGACAUUCAAGAUGAAGGAAUAGUAACGGAAGCAGACAUGACAAUUUCUCCGCCGACCAUGACGCAACUCUUUCAAAGCUGGGACGCUAUUAAACGAGAAGGUAAGACUAGUAAGAGUCCAGAGAGUGAGAGUGUCCCCUUGUUGCAAAGCCAAACAUCGGGCACUGUUGUUUGUGUAACGGACAGUGCCACAACACAAACAGAAGCUUUGAGUGCACAUUCAGGGGAUGUAGGCAGUAAAAACGAUGAUGUUACUGGAGGAAGUCUACCAGGGGGCAGGCGUAGACAACGUAAAGGAUCGGCCGCAAAUGGCUCCGACGGAAGCGCUAGCAGUUCCGAAUCAAACGGUGAAAACAGAUCGUUGAGCGACCCAACACCAAACAGGAAACAUGCAUACACAGAAGAUAAUUUUGUCUUGGAUAGCAACUUACUGGGAUCACUUAGUUCACAUCAAACGGCUAUGGCCAGCUCAAACAUUGUGGACAGAGCGACUAGUGUAGAAAGCGAUAUAUCUGCUUGUAGCGACCAAGCUUCGUGGAGCGAACCUGACGAUUCUUACAAUGUCAUUAGUAGCAUUAUAAACGAACCCGGAGCAAUGGACAAAGCAGAGGAAAAGAACGGCAAGAACAAGAAAAAGUCGCUCAGUGACCCAAGCCCUGCGAAAAAUAACGAGCUAACAGGUUUGGUAGACACCAUGCACGAAAGUGAGCACUUAGCUACAUCUAAUAGUGAACCAGUGCUGAGCAAGGAUAAGGAGGAAAGGGUUGUGUCUGUGAGAGGCGCAUAUAGUUUUGAAGAACAAAGAAUGAACAGACUGCUAACAGAAGAGGAGAGAGUACAGGUUAUAAAUGCGCCACUCGAAGCUGUUCGGGACGCCACAGUGGAAAUGUCCCCGCAGAUGAUGCGUAGGAAGGCGAAGAGAAGUCGUGGGGAAAACGGACGGAAUGGCCACGGAAAUGGCGAAGUUGAACACGUUGUGUCGCCAAGUGGAAAGGCCACAGUGAGUAUUGGGAUUCAGGUGUGCACAGAGGAGGAUGGAGAUGAAGAGGAAGAAACAGAAGGAGAGGCUGAAGUUCAUACAGAAAAGGUGGAUACAAAGUCAGUUUCCAUAGGAGUUCAAAGUUCUGAUCUUCCAAAACAACAGAAAAAAAGUAGUACUAGCGAUGCUGCAUCCUCUGUUAACAGUCCCAAGAUUGAAACGCCUCUCACGGAGGUUAUUGCAAGUCCGAAAAAGGAAACGCCAGUGCAACUAAGGCGAACUGGGAGCAAGAAAACAACCACAAGUGACCUGACCAUCACAACGAAGGACGCAGGCGUAGUUACGCCCUCACCAGAAAAAGAGCAGCCAGUUCCAAGUGAAGAAACCCCAACAAGCCCAACUUCUCCCAAGGAGCAUGACAUGAGAAAGCAUGUGGCGCAGAAUCUCCUGGAGACGGAACGUUCGUAUGUAGAUGGUCUGCAAGCAUUGAUUGAGGGGUACCUGAAGCCACUGAAGAGGCCAGAAAAUGCGGGAAUCUGCGAGUCGGAGCUGGUGGACAAGAUCUUCUACCAGAUUCCGGAGAUCCUGGAGCACCAUCAGCACUUCCUGGAGCAGAUCACUAACCGCACCCGCUCAUGGCACCCCAGGCAGAAGAUAGGGGACAUCAUCGUCAACACAUUCACCAAAGACUUGUUGGUGGAGUCGUACAGAGCCUACAUCAACAACUUCUUGACGGCAAAGGCAGCUGUACGGAUGGCCGAGCAGGCCAAGCCUGUCUUCAGCAAGUUUUUAGAGCAAUGUGUCCGUGAGAACAAGGAGAAGCAGGGCCUGGCUGACCUGAUGAUCAAACCAGUACAGAGGAUUCCUCGCUACGAGCUGCUUAUAAAGGUACGGGACCCCAACAAAACUCUACUUCAGUCCACAGACGAGGACCACCCCGACUACAGCAGUCUGAGACUGGCUCAGGAGGAGAUCCGCACGCUGGCGGAGAGGAUGAACCGGGGGGAGCAGGAGGUGGAGGAGAUGGAGAGACACAUGCAGCUGCUCCGGGAGCUGGAGGCACUCAUCGAGGGGGUGGGGGAGCUUGUUGCAGCCCAUCGGAGAUUCAUUCACCAAGACAUUAUAUAUGAAAUGCAAAAAGGUCAGCCUGGUUCCAAGAAGGAGAGGAGUUUGUUCCUGUUCUCUGACCAGCUCGUCUGUACCACGUACAAGAGGAGGACUGGGUCUCUCAGGAGGAGCUCCAUGAACCUGUUUUCCAUGAGCAGUAACAUUGACACUGCCAGCAAGUACAAGGUUUUGUGGAAACUGUCCUUGGACCAAAUAGAGGUUAUUAAAGGCGAGGCAGUUGGCAGCAGCCGUGUGAACCUAGAACACAGUAUACAGAAGUUAGAGGAGGACCUGUCAGCUAUCAGGGAGAUGGUCAACAUGGCCGACUCUCUCAACUCACCACACCAGACCCUGACUGAGCUUCUGCAUGACUUGCUGGAAGUGGCAGAGAAACAGCUACAGGAGAAGCAGGCCCUACAGCUGACCAUGAAGACACAUGCCAACACUAAACUGGAACUCACCACCUCUUCACUCGAAGGCAUGGAGAACUUCAUCUAUAUCUUCGGUACUCCGGAGACAAAGUCAUCAUGGGAGACGGCAUUCACGGAUGCAAAGCAGAAGCUAGCUUCGUCCAAACAGUGCUGGGACCCUGUAUUCCUCAAGCCUAUCCCCAUCAUGAAGACACGCAGUGGCAUGCAGUUUUCCUGUGCGUCUCCGAGCCUGAGCAGUGUGAAGGGGAGUAACCGGUUUGUGUGGAUCUGUAACAGUGACGGUUACGUGGGACAGGUGUGCCUGUUGAGCAUGGAGAAAGACCCAAGCCUUGCUGCCUGCAUCUCGGUGUGUUCUGCUCGGAUCUUCUGUAUCACGGCUGUUCCUGCCAUCAAUGGUGCCAAAAGAACAUCAAAAACAGAUGAGAAAGCCCAGGCUGCAGCCAAGAAGGAGGUGCAGCAGGAGUCUAAAGGUGGGAACACUGACAGCAGUGAUGAGGAGGUGUCCUCACCCGCUCAUAUCCCCCCCAUUCGCACACAGCCCUCACUCGCACCAUUCCUCGCACCGCAACAAGUCGCUACAGGGAACAAGAGACAUGCACUAGUGAUCUCUGAAGAAAGCGACUCAGAUACAGAAGAUGACGCAAAAGACACCAACAACAAGAAGUCUCCCGACGUGUGGACGGAGAUGACGGACAAACAGAAACACGAGGCACAGAUGCGGGAGGAGGGUGAAGACGAGAAGGCUCGCCGGGCCGCCCUCGGGGAGGGGUUCGCCUUCAGAAAGACAAGUUUCGGCACAGCGGUGCAGGGGAGCCUGGAGGACCUGCUGGUGUCUCCUAGUGCUGCUCACAACACCAUGUGGCUGGGCACAGAAGAUGGCUGCAUCCACAUCUACCAGUGUGGGGACCCAGAGAACAUCAGGAAGAGCAAGAACAGAACCAAGCUACAGCAUACUGCAGCUGUACAGGACAUUCUGUAUCUGGAUAACAAGGUGUUUGUGUCCCUGGCCAAUGGUGACAUGGUUGUGUACAGAAGGGAACCAGGUUGUGGUUGGGACCUACAGCAGCCCAUCACCCUGACCAUAGGUAAUGUGAACAGUCCCAUCACACGUAUGCUGGCCGUGGCGGGGAGGGUCUGGUGUGGAUGUCAGAACAACAUCAUGAUCAUGAACACCACUUCUCUCACCGUGGAGCACUCCUAUGAAGUGACUGACGACAGUAGUCGUGUGAUCAACUGCAUCGUGAGCAUGGGUCUGGGUGUGUGGGUGUCGCUGCUGGGGUCAGCACAGCUGCGUCUGUUCCACGCCACAUCCUACUCACUGCUGCUGGAGGUGGACGUCGCACCUGCAGUUCACAAGAUGCUGGCAGGUUCGGACGCCAUCAUACGUCAGCACAAGGCAGCGUGUUUGCGGAUCACAGCACUGCUGGCCUGUAAGGAUCUCCUGUGGGUGGGGACCAGCGCUGGGGUGGUGGUCACGGUCCCCCUCCCCCACAUCACCACCAACACCACCAGUCUACGCCACGUCCCCACCGUCCUGGGGUCAUCCCACGGGCACACCGGACAUGUACGCUUCCUCACCGCUGUGGAGCUCGCCUCCACCAAGAGGAUGGGUAAUGUCAUCAUGGGAUCGUUGAAAAGCAGUAGCAGCUGGCGCUCCCAGGACGAGGUGAGUCCCGUCACCCCUGCGCUGUCGAUGUUAGUGAUCAGCGGCGGGGACGGUUACGAAGACUUCCAUCUCAGUUUCCCCUCGGACACUGCCGGGCGCGACGACAGCACCAACCACUUACUACUCUGGCAGGUGUAGCCGCGCCCUCCAACCCACCUGUAUCAUAGUUUAUAUACCCCAAGAGAUCAAAUGUAUGUAAAAAUCCUUAUAUAGGGAUCAGCUCUCAAUGCAUAUUUUAAUUGUUGCCUUGACCUCAGAUAAACAUAUAUAUUAUGAUGAUAUUAAGUAAGAACACUUGUGUUAAAUAAGUUCUCAUAAGUCCACUGUUAACGUAUAUGAUUAUUUUUACAAGAUGAAUGAAUUUUGCACUUGGCACAGGAAGAUCUGUGUAAAACAUAUGCACCAAUUUUACAUUUCGGUAAUAUCAUAACAUAGUGGUACAUGGCUUCUAUGGGGUGUGUUUUAUAAGUCAGACAUGGGACUGGGAGCUGAGUGAGUUUUAAACACAGAAAAGCCCAUCUUUCGAGAAUGGUAUUUGAAUGUGAUGUUUUUUUUCCCCAACAGUAUUUUGAUGUUUAUGAUGUGAAUGGAGCUUUGAGAGAAUAUCAGAAUUAUUAUAAAUGUGUGAUUUUUCACAAGGUGGGAGAGCCAACACUUAAACCAGUGCCCGUGUGUUUGACUCUGUUAUGCACGUAAAGAAAAACUUGUUAAUGAUUAUGGUAGUGAGUAAGCCAUACAUGAAGGGAACAUCUUAUGAUGACAACCGCUUUUACUUUGCUGAAAUCAAAGCUGCUUCCAAACUCAUUUGAAAGUAAAAGACAUUCCUUUACAUUAUAUGUUUGUUAAAUGAGUUAAAAGCAGCUAUAUGAAGGAUAGUAAUAGUAAUCACUUAUAUUGAUCAUAUGAAUACUCCUCUGUAUCUUGUGCCAAUUAUGAUAAUAGGAAUCCGAAUGUUAUAUAUGUUAUAAAGAUAUGAACCUUAGCUGUGUACAGUGAUAGCAUAUUAAGUGAACAGUGAAUUUUCCCCUUCCUGUAAUUUUUUUUACUCGCAAACCAAUAUUUUAAAAACAAAUUGAUGAAAAGAGUAAUAGGAAAGUUUCUUUUUGUACAAGGAAAGUAGAAAUACAGUACAGAAAUAAAAUGUUUAAACUUGUUAUGAUAAAUGCCCUAAAGUUUAUGAAUGAAUAUAUAGGCUUGUGUACCAUGAUAACACAAAAGAAGUAUGUAAUUCAUAUUUUAAAAGAACUGCAUGAGUAUGUAUAGGAGACGUGUAUUUGGCUACCUUGUCAUGGUGGCCUAGCUAUCUGACUCUGAGGUAAAAUGUCUUUAGUGAUUUGUAUUUAAUUGAAAGAAGAGGAUAUCUUGUAAGUAUGCCAUAGUUUUAUAGCCAUAUGAUAUUUUACUCUAUAGGAUUCAACUCAAGAUAAAGAGUCAUGAAGUACUUAAUUUUCUAUUAUUAAAGUCUUUCCACUGUUUCAAAGUCAAACAUGACACUGGUACAGCUCUUGCCAUUUUAUUGGGAACUUUCCAAACAAUGUAACAAAUUUUAAAGAUUAUCAUAUGAACAAUAAACAUUCAGCCGUCA